AAACAAAGAUGGCGGCCUCCUUGGAAGAAAAUUCCGACGAACUGCAAACUUGGCCGAAAUUUGUGCUGUUUGGCGAUUCCAUAACUCAGUUGGCAUUUUGUGAUGGGGGGUGGGGAGCGGCAUUACAGAAUGUCCUGCAAAGGCAGUGUGAUGUGGUAUGUCGGGGACUGUCAGGGUACACCACGGCGUGGGGGAAGCUGGUUCUACCGCAGAUCAUCAACAAACACAACGCCAGGGAUGUCGUGCUGGUCACGAUAUUCUUCGGUGCCAACGAUGCUUCACUCAAAGAAAUGAGUCCUAAGCACGUCCCACUCGAUGUGUACAAGACAAACCUGACAGACAUGCUGGAGUAUCUACAACAGUCAGGACUGGGGUCAGACCAGGUCAUCAUCAUCACACCUCCUGCACUGGACGAACUGGCCUGGCAGAAACACUGUCAGGAGAUGGGAUCCAGUAUUAACAGGUUAAAUGACGUGACUGGUCAGUAUGCCAAGGCCUGCUGCGAAGUGGCCGCAGAGAGAAAAGUGACCUGUGUUGACCUCUGGACGGCCAUGCAAAAGGAAAAGGACUGGCAGAAGUUUUUGGAGGAUGGCUUGCACCUUUCCAGGGAGGGUAGCCAGUUCCUGGCACAGCUUCUCACCCCCCUUGCUCAGGAAGGCACCAACCAUCUACCAAUCAUCUUCCCUCUCUCAGAAGACGUGGAUCCCUACAAACCAGAGGAGGCCUUACUUAACAGGAGACAAACCAAAAAUGACUAAACGUAAUGUAGAUAUCGAAGGAGGAAUAUGGUGGACCCAUCCCAGCAUUCCGUCAAUACACAUUCCGCAAUACACAUUCCAAAUGCCUCAGGUGCUGUAUUCUCAAAUGC